UGCCAUGGAGGCUCACUGACAACAGUAGUUGCAUUCAGAGAACAGGAGCGGAUAAAAAUGGUUUCUCUCUCGGCCCCAGACUUCCCCGCCCUUACGAUCGUCAUGGAGAAGUUAAAGGAGCUGGAAAAGGAGGUGAAAGAGGAGGGGAACUUUUAUGCACAUGAAGCCGGUGUCCACCUCUCAGAGAUAGCGGCAGCUCUCUCUGAGCUAGAGGCAGCCAGGCGUGCAGCCCACCAAGACCUGCAAGAAGAAACCGCAGGAAACGCAGAACUAAGGCGCCGAAUUAACAACAUGGGAGAGCAAGUGAGUCAAGAAAUCAUGGAAGAUGUAGCUUCAGCACGCGCAUCCAACACUGAGGAGAUAGAAAAGCUGCAGAAAGACCUCAGUGACAUUUCACAACUGCAAGAAAACACCUCAAGGAGGCAGGAAGCCCUGAUGCUCCAGAGUGAAAAGCUGCACCAAGAGAGCGAACACGCAAGAGCUGAGCGCGAGAACUGUGCCGCUUCUCUGAAUGACCACGUCGAUUUAUCCGACGGCUUGAAGAGUCGAUUAAGUGAGAGACGACAGCAGCUAGAAGAGCUGAAGUCUCGCAUCACUGCUGUGGAACAGCAAAAAGUGAGAGUGCGACAAAGCCUGGAGCUGGAGAGAGAAACCUUCACUGUGAGAAAAGACGAGCUGUGCCAAGAGGUGGAGCAGACGGUGGAGAAAAUUAAACACCAACGGCGAGUCAACAGGAGGAGCAAAAGAGAGUUGGACAGAGUCAAAGCCAAAGGAGGAGAUGCCCAUGAGCGCUUGAGCGAAUUGUCCAAUCACAUGGUCCAGCUGGAGCGCAAUGUUGGACGACUGACAAACUCUGGGCAUCAGUGUGAGAAACAGCUCGAAGAAGAGAUUCAGAUUCAUCAAGAGUUGACCAAAAGGACAGAAGAGAAGAAGAAGGAGCUGUGCGAGUUACAGGAAACUUUAAGGAUCACAAACAAGCAUCUUAAAGAGGACAUUGUGACGGUGGAAGGUAAGAUAGAAGAGGUGAGAAUGUUAAGGAACCUACGUAAGGACUCCUUGGAUGAGGUCUCCAAGAGAUUCGAGCUUCAGCAAAAACAGGAGAAUGAAGUCCGGGCACAAAACUUUGGCCUUCAACAGCAGCUGGAGCAAUCAGAGCUGCGCAUCCAAAAUCAUACGGGGUCCAUUGCCAAGCACAGAAGUGACAUCAAAGAAAUGGAGAAGCAGAUCCAGAAACUUCUACAAAAUGCUGCUGUCAACCGGGAUGUCUUUGAGAAGAGUCAAGAUGAGUUGUUCAGCUGCCUGGAUGCAGGAAAGAAGAACAUCAGCCAUAAGGAGAAGGAGAAGACGCAGCUCACUCACAGAGUGGAAGAGACAAAGAGGGAGCAGGAAGAAUAUGCAACAAAUAUCUCCUCUAGUAUUGUUAACACCAGGAGGCGAUACCAGGAACUGCAACAAGAAGAGGCCGUGCUCCUACAGCGUCUUCCCGUGACUGCCGAUAUUGUCGCGUUGACGACUUAUGUGACUGAGUAUGAGGAAGAUUGUAAACAAAUAGAAAACAAACACUACCAGGAAAUACAGACGUGCACGGAAGAGAUCAAGCACAUCACCAGGAGCAAUGAGGAGAAGCAGAAGGAGGUUGAAGAGAAAGAAGAGACGCUGAAGGCGGUGGAGAUCAGAUUUAAUGAGGAGCAGUCCACACACCAGAGAUUGAAGACACUCAUCUCCAAGCUGAGGAGCAGGAAGGAGGAUCUGGAGGUGUCAAUUGGACAGCUGAAAGAGAACACAAGCUCCCUCCUGCAGUCCAAAGACGAUGCAGAAGCAAAGCUGGAAGUGACGCGGUCAGAUUACCUACACUUGCUGGACAAACAGGCGUUGGAGCUGAAAUCUCUGGAGAUCAGGAUCUGUGACGUUACUGUCAAACUGGAGCAGGUCCGUGUGGAGAACAACAGGCUGCAACUCUCUAUUGGACACAUGAUGAAGGACAUUACCAGAGCCAAGACGGACAAAGACCGAUACCAACAGGAGAUCCAACAACUCAACAACAACGUGAAGGCCUUAAAUACGAGUCUGGAGGAGGCCUGGAGAUCCGAUUUAUUGCUAAUUCAGCAUAGUCAAAACAAUGACGGCGCUCUCUUGGCGUCCUUUAGCACCCUGUUGAACAGUCUGAAGACCAGGAGACACAAUUUAGAAGAUGCUAUCACACUUGCAAACCAACAAAUGUUAGAGUUCAACAAACGACUACACGAUAAAACCACAGACAAGGACAGCUGA